GAGCGAACGCUAUUUAUUAUCGUCUACGUAUUUAUUUAAAGGAUGGCACAAGUCAUAAGCUGUCUAUCUGGUCGAAGUCUUUUCUACGUCACUUUAUACGAUACGUGUAAUUAUCGAGCAUUAAUCACGAACAACCGACUCAAUCGCAAAGCACCAUUAAUUUCGCAUUAUAAUGUUGCGAGGAUCUUCGAAAAUGGUGCCAUAGAUAACAAAGAUUCGAUGACCGGUGAACGCGUUAUAAACCGCGAUGCGAAGAUGGAGCGGUGGAAUUCAUGGGGCGCUACGCGUUCCAUAUACAAAGAGCAAGAGGCGGUAAGGGCCGCGUACCGAUUGACCGGAAUAAAAUAUCGACGCGUCGAAAGUCCGAAGACGGGUACGACGGUCCCCUUUUCGACGGUAUAUACGAGGUAAUUACGGUGAAAAUAACGAC